CGCCCUCCCCGUCCCCCAUAAAAGCGCCCGUCGCGAGACGCCCGGACCCAGGUCGCCCUCGAAGCGGAUCCCACUCUCCAGGUCGCCAUGCUCCGACACCUCCUCUGCCUCCUCGGCCUCUCCGCCUUCCUCCCGGCCAUCCUGGUCCAAGGAGGACCGCUGGAGACCUUCGACGACGUAGUCGCGUCGCUGCGGGCCGGCCACCUCGUCACCGGCAACUUCGACACCACCCAGUGCGAAGACUCGUCCGUGCCCGAACCCAUCCUGGCGUCCUUGCACUACGACGAGUGGCAAUACGUGGACACGCCCGAGACGGGCCUUGCGAUCACUGGGAUGCACAACUUCAUGACGCCUGACGGGGCGUUCGUGAUCGUCUUCUCGUACGUGACGCCCUCCGGGAUUUCCGGGUUCAACGCCUACCAGGUGGCAACGGAGACCGGCCUCGUACAGGACAGUUUUACCGCGUUUUGCACGCUCGGCACAGGAGCCACCUUCGUCGAGAAGGACAACCAUCAGCCGGAUACCCCUGUGACUUCAUACGACGACCUGAUGACAGCACUGACUGAAGGACGUCAAUUGGUAUUGACUGCGGUAAUCACCGACUGCGAGCAUUCCCUGCCUCCCGAGGUUACACUCGCCGAGUCCGGAUCGACCUACUAUCAGUACUACGUCCUCUCAGACGCAGGUGGAGACGAGGUGCUCAUCUUGGAAUGGCCUGGCUUGUCCCUCAGCGCAAAUGAGGGAGAGACGGUAUACUUGGUGAUCAGGGCAACCAUUUCUCAGGAUGGAUCCACACAUAUUACUGCCCAUGAAUACAAUAGCUUGACCUGGGAGGAUGAAUAUCCCUAUCCUGAAGGAUUUCAGUGCGUCCUCGGGGAUAACGUCAACGUUUACUAUUCUUCAGAGGACACAAUCGACACCUUAGGGUCAUACGACGAAGUGGAGGCUGCCUUCAUGGAGGGGAAGGACCUUCAGGCCUCGGUGGAUGUCUCCUCGUGCUCCGGCACUUUUCCAGACGGACUCAUGGUCGCUGGAGCCAUUAUCCUCGCUUGGGCAGAUGAUGUAGGCGGAGAAACGCCAGGAAUCCACUUCUCGCAAUCUAUCGCUAACCGUAAUAAGAAUCAUAUUCGCACCGUGUUCUAUCUAAAAGUUAUUUCCGUCUUUUCUGCACCUCACUCGUCCAUCUCAUUUCCCAUAGAAGCCGGAGACGUCGUCAUCCAAGAAUUCCUCUUGGGAGAGGACGGCGUGUUGCAGGUCUUGGCCACCGCGUUCAACCCCGUCGAUCCGGGCGACGUGCCAGAUGUAUCAGCAUUCACGUGUGACAUCGGUGACGGGGUCACCUUCACCGCCCCUGCAUAUAAUCGCGUGGAGCUGACGACCUACGCAUCGGUGAUGGAAGCCCAACUGAGCGGAUCGAAACUCACGGCCGAGAUCGACUUCAGUCAAUGCGAGGACCCGACAGGCGAACUCGACCUCACCGGUCUCACGGCCGGCGCGUACUUCCGAUACGUCACGAUUCUCGGCUUUGGCACCCCCGAAGAGAGGAUGUUCGGAUCCGGCUUCGGAGUCCACAGCGACCCCAACAGCGGCGUGGCCUACGAGACCUUCGCGGCGACCGUCGACACGAGCAACAACGCCCUCGCCUACCCAGGCUAUUGGCGGGCCGACGAGAGCGGCACGUGGGGCAACGACUUCGGCGAAGCCGUCUUGGAAUGCGCCCUUGGUGCAGGGAUCAUGAUCUUCGGCGAAGCGUAGAGUCUAAUAAAAUCCGACUGAUUCGUUGCUGCACCCAUUCA